CCUUCCUCCUUCUUCACUCCUUCCUACGUGGGAUUAAACCGGGUUUGAAAAUAGUGGCGUUACACGUCAUAGGUGAGGCAAGUGCGUGCUCUGAGCCGCACGGGAAGUGGCUGAUCACGAUCGAAACUUCGUCGAUGCACGUAUUCGAAGAUCGCAAGUGCAUCGAGAUUCUGGAAAUUUCAGCGGCUCUGGACCCUUAAUUCUGCGUGGGAAUAAACGUCACUUAUUCACGUCACUUUAGAGCCGUUGACCUCUAAGAGCAUCCACAUUUCAGCAAAUCCACUCCUGGUUAUGGCUAUGACACAACGCUAUGGCUCAUGAACCCAAUGACGUUACACGCUUUUCUUCAAAGGCGGGACUGACUCCAGUCAAUAUGCAACCAAACGACAAUCGUCAACUAUCAAUGCCCAAUCCUCCGGACCAGUCAUUGAAACGUCACAUAUCCCAGACCCAGGGCUCUAACGUGGGUAACAUCAAACGUCAACGCAUUUCCAUCGACAAAUCACCUCAGCAGCUCACCUACAGUGACGUUCCUCAAACCCCAGGGUCUAGUUUUACCCUUGUUGAUAAUCCUCAAUCGACCAACGCCGACACAAUCGCGUCUUCAUACACCUCGUUGGACCCCUCUCCGCGAGAACCCCAAGACCCUUAUGACGACCCUUAUGAUGAUCCAGAGUUCGAUCAAAUCUUUGAGAGCCUCACUGGGCCCAAUUCUACUGACAAGUCAGGAACGUCACCGCUUUCAGCCGACAGUGAUGAAUUUGCUCUGAAACAGUCGGACCAGGAUGCUUUGGCGGAGUUUUUGGAGGAAGAACUCUAGGAAAAGCCUCAACAACCGCCAUCGAGCGUUCUGCGUACAUGGAGCGGUAACUCCAGAUCAGCGGACGAGUAUGACCCGCUAUUACAAUACUCUUCACCGCGUCCAAUAGCCGAUAUACCAGAGGUCAAUGUCGGAUAUACACCUUUGGAUGAAGGUAUAGACUGGAGCAACAUCCAAGAACACACCCGCAAUGAGACAAAACUUGGAUCGACGGUCGGUUUCACAACUAUGAACGGGAGCAAAGCCCCCGAACAUGAAUCACCGAUUGCUAGACGCAAAACAUUGAUCUUUUCGCAAUCUCGAUCAUCAGCACCCACAAAUAGCCAGAGCUCAGCCAUAUUUACAGGAAAUGUUUUGCUGAAACCCUUCAAAACGUUCUUCGAUCUUCAAGAGCUUGUAGAUGCGAAAACUCAAAUUUUCCGAAAUCAGCCUGACAUUACCUUUGAACUCUUCGCUCGAGUCAUCUAUUCAAGCCGCGAGAACUUCUACAAGAAACAGUAUUUUCGAUUUCAAAGCCUACUCAAAAAUAGCCCACCUUACUUGAACGGGGCACUUCUGGCUUAGGAGGUCGGGAGUCCACUUGACUGUGCAGCUCAGGAGCUGCUGAAAGCCAAAGCAUCACGUAUGAAGUGCUUUUGUCGGUGUAAAUUGCGAUCGGACCUAAGGGCAGAGAUCGGUUGGGGCUUAUCAGUACUGGAGAUCCGUCCCACAACCUGGAAAGAGAUCCAGGGGGCUAUGGAUGUGCUCGGGAGACAUGACCUGGACGAGCCAGGGAGUUCAAAUGGGAAUUAGAGUGGGAAUAUGACGGAGUUUUGCUAUGACGGAGAUAGUUUUCGAUUGUGGUGUGUGGACAAAAACGUCACGUCCCGUUGCUAUAAAACUAAUGAUUUACUAUGAAACCCAAUUUCACCAUUAU